AGAAAAGCCGGUUCCUGUUUUAAGAAUAGGGAUCUUGCCCGCACAAAACACUUUCCAGAAAAACGUCUAUUAUGCCUCCGAAGAAAAAAAGUAUAUCAAAAGUGAAUACAACUGAGAAAAAGAAGAAAUCGGGUGAAGUCCUAGACGAUAGAAAGGAUCUUUGGGAGAAGUACAAGCGAAACGAUGUGGAGGUAGCGGUGCUGAAAGAGCGUCUGGCCCUCCGGGCGGAGGCCGUGCGCAGAGCUCAGAGCACCAGCGCAGACCUGUGGUCCCGCGUGCGAGAGCUCGAGCAGAAGGUCAUGCAGGGACAGCAUGACAAACGGGACAUUACUACAGAACUCAACCGGCAGAAUAUGAGGGCGCAGAUGGAAAUAGAGAUUAAAGUUCACAAACUGGAGACUGAAGUCAGAGAUCUUUCCCAGCAACUCGCCGAGUGCAGGGAGCAACUGGGCGCAGAGAGAGAUGCGCAGAAGCGGAUGGCAGAGGAGAAGGAUGCCACUAUCGCUCACCUGCAAGAGAGGCUAGAUCGUAUGGACAGCGACUAUGAGAGGAUCCUGCAUGAUUGCCUGGACAGCCUACUGGCCCUCUUGUCUGGAGAGCGACAGAAGUGGCAAGGGGAGAGCACCUGCACUCACCAGGAGUUGAAGAGUGUGCUGUCCGAGUUCAACCUGAAUCCACUCGGAGCCUCCUGGGACCCCGUCCUGGGGGUCAGAGGCUGGCCAGCCCUGCAGUGCAAGUGGAGCGGCUAAUUCAAAACGUGU